UGGGAUCAAACCCAACACGCCGGGUGUGCUAACUCCAACGGUGGAUCAGGACGACCUGUGGAAGUAGCUGUGAAAAAACAGUCAGGAGGCCUGACCCGAAGUCCUCGGCUCCCGUAACUCUGAAAACAGGUGGGAUUUCUCCUGGGACGACACCUCUUCUCCUGAUAUCCUACAGAAGGGCAAGCCCACUGGCCUGGGGCGAGGUGCUGAUUUGCAUACUUCACAGGGUUUUCUAAAUGAGAAAAGGUAUAUUGGGCAACUACUGACUUGAGACUUAUUUUUAGAAUGUCUGAAGAUGAUGAAAAAGUUACUCUUCGUCGUCUUGAACCUGCCCUCCAAAAAUUCAUUAAAGUGGCGGUUCCAACAGAUCUGGAAAGGCUGAGAAAGCACCAAAUAAAUAUUGAAAAGUAUCAGCGAUGCAAACUAUGGGACAGAUUACAUGAAGAGCACAUCAAUGCAGGACGUACUGUUCAGCAACUGCGAGCCAAUAUGCGAGAGAUGGAGAAGCUUUGUUCACGGAUCCGUCUGGAAGAUAUCCAAAUUCUGCAAAGAAUGAUAAAUCCCGUUAAGGAGGAAGCUUCAUUUGCCAUAAAAGAAUUUCUACAGCUCCAUUCAGAAUCUGCAGAAGAACUUAAAAAGCAGUUUAAUGAGCAGGAAGAUACCACUGUAAAGUCUCCUCUAACUAGAUCUACAACUGUAGGUGGAGAACCUUUUUAUAACAUAGAAGCUGUGGGAAAUUCCCAGAGUUUUAUCCAGAUGCAUUCUCCACUCCCUGAAAUUCCUCAGGAUGAAAAUGCUGCUGAAUCAUGGGAAACGUUAGAAGAGGACUUGAUUGAACUCAACCAGCUAGUAACUGACUUUUCUCUGCUAGUCCACUCUCAGCAGGAGAAGAUUGACAGAAUUGAAGACCAUGUCAACAAUGCCGCUGUGAAUGUUGAAGAGGGAACCAAAAACUUGGGGAAGGCUGCAAAGUACAAGCUGGCAGCUCUGCCUGUGGCAGGUGCACUCAUUGGAGGAGUGGUAGGGGGUCCUAUUGGUCUCCUUGCAGGCUUCAAAGUAGCAGGAAUUGCAGCUGCACUUGGUGGUGGGAUUCUGGGCUUCACAGGUGGAAAAUUGAUACAAAGAAGAAAACAGAAAGUGAUUGAGCAGCUCUCUUCCAGCUGUCCAGACCUUCCUAGUCAGAGCAACAAAAAAUCUAACUGAAGUGAGGCUGGGAACAGAAGUAAUAUCCCCAGCAAUGAUGACAACUUGCAGUCUUUGCUUUGAAUAUAAAUCUGAGUCUCAUGAAUUUGGACAACUAUAUUGCUGUUUUGGGGGGGGUGACACAGAGAUGCUAGAACUUAAGCAUUUGAGAGAGUGCCACUGAGACAAGGCAGUGCUGUAGUUUUGAAAGCUGUAAGGACUGCCUUUUUAUCAUAGGCAUAUGGUGCAUUACGGCUGCAGCUGUAAUGAUGAAUGCCAGGUGUUCUGUGCCAAAUUCACCUCUUAUUUUAUCUGAUGACAGGAGUAGAUUUAGUUGAGAGUUUAGAAUAAAUUUAGGAAAGCCUUGGAGCAUUCUCACCAGGGCAGAGUGAGACACCCUAAUGUUUGGAGCGUUUUUUCUAAGUGAUUUAAAAAAAAAAAUGAGCACACUAGCUUCCAGCCAGCUUCUAAACUUCACAAUUUUGGUUCCAGCAAAAUACCAAUUUGGCUGUAUCCGCAAACCACCAUAGGAUAAGUGACACUCUGUUCAACAGAAGCAUAAAUCAGCACAACUUUUUACAGGUUAAGGUUGAAAUGUAUCGUUGCAAGCUGUGGAGGCAGCUUCAUUGUCCUCUGCUUGUACUGUCAAGCUGGGCUGCCUUUCUAGAGCACUACACAAUCUUUAUUUUCUUUUUUAAAAAGCUUAUUUUUCCUGCCCUUUUCUUAUUGUCCUUCUUAAAUCAUCUACUGCUUCUUAUGAAUAAACAGUUUCACUUUCCAUCCCUUCCCAACAAGCCAAUAAAAAAAUUGUAUAGGAGUGGUUGUGCUAGGGGUGUAGCUUUCCAUUAUGGUCUAAUCCCAGCUGGUCUUUGAAAGCAACUGUCUGGGAUUGAAAUUAAAUUCCAAGAUUUGGAACAUUGAAGCCCUGCUUAUUUAAGUAUUGCCUGGCUCAUUGUUGGAUGCUGAUGUCCCUUCUUCCUUUGCACCUUUCUAACAUUCUGCCAGCAGCAAAACAGCAGUGGAAGAAGUUAAAAACCAGCCAUUCAUGACAUUUGAUAUUGCUGGAACAGCAGCAACUCCUCAGUAGUUCCUUAUACCUGUUCCACUGAUUUAGCAAGAGUGUGAUGAUAAUUGGCAUCAGUUUCUUUGCCAGGUGAGGUGGUUAUAGAUUACAAAGGACUGUCAUAUGGGUAUAGUCCUGGUGACUGUGCUGUCAUUAGCUGAUCUGAUCAGAAAAAACAUUUUGAAAGAUGGCCAAGUCUGUUGCAACACCCAGGUCAUGAACACAGCUGGGUACGAGUCAGCCCUGUAUACUAUUCCUCAGCUGGCUGUCUCCAGCCAUACAGCAUAAUUAUGCUAGUGCUUUCACUCCGUUUUUUGCUUACCUCAGCAGAUCCGAGCUCUGCUCCGCUGGGCAGCUUGGGCCAAGAUGCGUCUAGUUCUUAGAAUUCACAGUCAGCAGAGUUUUCUCUUCAAGGAAUUGGGGUGUAUAUGGGUGUAGUUAGCUCUGGCUUGUGCCACUGUCUUCUUGGUGAUGCCUGUUGAGGGAUAUCUUCCUGGGGGUAUCUGUUGCGCCUCAUUUAUCCUGCUCAUUGUAUUGUCAACUAAAGUCCACUUAUGUCUCUGCCUCUUCCAUUUUUAAAUAUAGUAUUUUUAAUGAGUUUUCAAUGUCACACAGCCCUGGCUCUUCCACACGGUCUAGCUGUGCCCCAUCACUCUGCAUGAGUUCCAGCACUGCUGCUACCACUUUCUGGGAAAACAUAGGGCGCAAAGUUGCUUCUGGAAGAUCUCAAAUGGUUGGAUCUUCUUGAGACCUUUUACAAAUUAAUAUCUAAAAGGUUUUCCUAAAUAUUGUGUAAUUACAUGUUGAUGUUCAGUCCUUCAUAUCUUUAGGGGAGAACUAUCACUUCACUUAACAAUUACUGGAGCUCCACUUUAAUAACCAACAAUUUGUCGAUCUAUGAAAAUAUUGUCUUCUAAUAAUGGACUCUGGCUUUGGUGCCUAAAUGCAUUCUAAGAAACCAUUAGCUUCAAGACAAGUUUCCUGUAGUUCUCUCUCAUUUAUUUUACUUAAGAGUACAAACCAACUGCAACUGUGUAGAUGAUGUUGUCUACUUUAAAUAAGACUUAGGCUCAGGGAAGCAACAUGAAUGAAAAUGGUGUUCACAAGUAAUCAUUAAAAUGUAAAACUAACAAAACUCCAUGUAUUAAGCCAAAGUGCCUUUCUCUGUAGAAUUACAUGGGGUUGAGAAAACCUCCUGAGUUACCUGGCUUAUUUGCACGUGCCAUGCAAGAAACGUUUUUUUUUUUUAAAUCGCAUCUAUUAUGACUAUACACAUUUGUAAUGAACUCAUAACAACCCAUAGCAGAGAAAUGUAUUCCUUGUUUGAUGUCCUUAGCCAUUACACUUUAUCUGCCUACAUUUAGAGCAUUCGGAACCAGAAAAAACCACUGCUCUCUCUAGGAAUUGGAGUAGACAUUGAAGAUGUCAACUUCUCUUCUUUACCCUGCUAACUUGUAUGCAUUUGAUGACAGGAACCAAGAGAGAAUUGCCCAAACUUUUGCAAGUUGGGAAUACAGCUAUGACAAUCCUUAUGUACAGAACUGAGGACCUUCUUUUUUUUUUUCACUAGGCUAGUGACUGUAAAGUUGCAUACAAAAUCAGUUUAAUAGAUGCUCACUUAAGAGACAUUUAAAGCCAUAUUGCUUCUCUCUCUCAUGUUUGAAAAAACGAAAUCCAGUAAAAAAAAACUACAGUUUCAUUUGCAUCUGGUAUGCAUGAAGAAACUUUAUAUGCCAUUAAAGCCAACAAUACUGCUGGAAUUGUAUAAUUCAAUUUCAAGUCUGAGGGUUUCUUUUGAAUAUAUAGAAAAACGUGGGCCCCCUUUCGUGGCCAAACCAUUGCUUAAAUUGCUAUGGACAUUAUUCAAGAGUCAGAAGUACAAGGUAGACAUUUUGUCAGAUUCAAUAAAGAUUUUUUUUUGCCU